CUUUGAUAUCUGCUUGACAAUGCAGAUUGAUCAAGCGCUUGGCUCUGUCGUGUAAUACGCCUGGCGCUCUGCGCGUUAUAGUGACGGUAUUGAUAUGUGAGUAAACAAACGAUCAAGGCUUGGAAACACUCUGAAACGGUUCCAUUACGAUCCUCCUCUCAGCGGCCAGCAUCACGUAAGUAGAUCUAGCAUUAUCAUCCCAGCUUUCUCGAUGGCAACAGGAGCAGAUGAGAGCUCAAAUACGCUACCUGCGCGCCCCGUCUACAUUAAGAACAAGCCUGCAUCGCAAACACUGCGGGUAGGCGUGCCGAUGGCGAGAACAUAUAACGUACAGCGAGAUCCGCCAUGGAUUAGCAGCAGACUGCCUGACACGCCUUUUGUGCCUUCGGUCUACAGCGAUGACAGCUAUCUGCCUGCAGAGACUGACGCGCUCUACUCCUCGCCAUUAACUGCUAAAUCUUCACAUCACCCCUCACAUCACGCUCACCCGCAGCAACGCGUCACAGACAAUGGCCUGUACGCGAGACAGUCGAGGCUGCCAAUCUUCAAACAAGUUCGUUCAAUUCUUAACAAAGUCCCUCCGAUCGUCACGACCGAAAUUGCACGCUGGGAUGACUUUUCUGGCGAGCAAUCAGAAACCGGCAAACCUGCGGAAGCAACCCCCUCUACUUUUGUUCAACCAAACGAGCACAUAUACGAGGUUCGCAGACGCUUUUCUGACAAGAAGCCGUCGAGAGUGAGAGACCUCUCACCAGUCUCCAUUCUGCACGACGACGAAGUGAGGCCGCCUUCGCCGCUUCGGGUGCGAAAAGGCACACAUCCACCGAUCCACUCACCCGUCUCGCCUAUUUCACCCGUAUCGCCGGUAGACACGCGGGCGCCAACGCUAAUAUCGGGUAAUGAGCGUUCGCAGCCUGAACCGCGUCAAGCUACAUCAAUGGUCAAACUCAUUAAGCGCAAGCCCACUCCGUCAAUGUCGACUGCAUUGUCGGAGAAUGUCAAGCCUCAGCGUAGCCCAUCCGUGGCUAGCAACUGGACCGAGCCACUUGGCGACAAUGAGGAGCAGCAAGCGAAGACGCAGAGUCACUUUAGCUGGACUACGGUCGCGCCAUCAGAGGCACCCGGCCGGCACUCCAAUGCCACUAUCACAACACAGAACACGAAGCACGAUAGCGCUGAGCCAAGCUUGCAACAGCCGCUCAGCCGGUUCAGUUGGAGCACGGUGAACACCGGCAUGACUUCGCACAUACGCCCCGGAUCCACGCCGCCAAGCCCACUACCUCCGAUCCCAGUGAAGUACGCGAUGGUGAAAGAAGUACCAGAGACAUACAAGCCGCGCGGACUACCUGUUCAGUCAAUCCUCUCGCGCCAGAGACCAAUACAGCGCCAGGAGAAGGAAGAGUGGACGCCUUCGCCUCAAAACCGCUCACUUGGUGUUGGCGGCACAACACCUCGCUCCAUCUCACCACAAUCAGCCACUGCAACAUCCGCCCGCUCAGCCAUACACCCUGCCUUGCGCAAAGAGUCGCCCUUCGCUCGCUCACCCAACAUCGCAAACACGUCCACCAAGCGGCUUCCUCUUCCGCCCGAGCUGGCCCAACCGGCACCCGACCUGUCGCGAUUGGACAGCCUUUUGGCACAGGAGAAGGAUAUCCAGCAUCAGCGGAGAAACGUGCAGAGAUGUAUUGCAGAACUGGAAAAGGUUGAGAAGGCGAGUCCGAUGGAUGUCACUUUUGCGGCGGUCAGGGAUAUGAAGAAGAAACUUGAAGAGCAUCGGAGGCGGUUGGAGGAGGUAAUGUUGGAAGAGAGGGAGGUCGGCAUCUUGAUCAGUAGGGCGAGGAGGAAGGAGGGUGAGGAGGAGGGGUUGUGGGUGCGGAGGGUUACGAGUUGAGAGCGUAAUAUAUUGAUGCACUUGGACCAUCUUUGGUGGCGAUGCGGUGAGUAUGCUGGACGCUGGAAACGAGAACGUUCAUUAUGCACUAUUCUUCUGAAGAAGGUUAUGAUAUCUGGCACCUGCGCAGACUUACCAUCAUGAGUUCGAGGCUCUUUCGCCCUGAAAUGUCUUGCAAAGGGAGCCAAGAGAACUAGGCAGAUUCUUGCAAACACUAUCGAACAUGAUGACGGUCGUCGAAACGGUCUAUACUUCAUGUCGUAGCUCGUUGCGCUCUUGGGAGCGGACCAGCGCCAAGGACGCUAGCGUCACCCAGGAAGUUCGGCACAAGUCCAUCAGGUACAGCAGCCGGCCUGGUUUCUCUAGCUCGGCGUCUCCGACCGCUGGAGCGCUCGCCUCGUCUCCCUAGAUUCGCAUCGCCGAAAGCGCUCAUCACCACAUUAGCCGCAUUCUGCACGAAAUUAUCAUUCAUGAAAUGACCGGCUGCAUUUCCC